GCGGAAGAGCUCAGAGCCAAAGCUACAGCAGAAGGAGUGCAACUCACAGGCGAGCGAUUUGACUCUAACUGCAUCACGCCAGGCACACCGUUCAUGGCUAGGUUAUCGGCACAGCUGAAGUACUUUGUGAACCUCAAAGUAACCACCGACGCGCGUUGGCAGGGUGUAAAGGUGAUCUUCUCUGGGCACGAGACACCAGGAGAGGGUGAGCAUAAGAUUAUGGACUACAUCCGCAAGCAACGCUCCCUGGAUACCUGGAACCCGAACACACGCCACUGUCUGUAUGGGUUAGAUGCAGAUCUGAUUGUGUUGGGUUUGCUGACACAUGAGCCUCACUUCUCGUUGCUGCGAGAGGAGGUGACCUUUGGCAACUCGAAGUCCAAGCGAGUGCUGGCGGACGCGAAGAAGGUCAACUUCAAUCUACUACACCUGUCGCUGGUGCGUGAGUACACCAUGGUAGAGUUUGCGACUGAGCAGAGCAUUGACUUUGAGCGUGUGCUUGAUGAUUGGGUGCUCAUCUGCUAUCUCGUGGGCAAUGACUUCAUCCCUCACCUGCCCAACCUACACAUCAACACCGGCGCGUUGGAUCUGUUGUUUGACACGUAUAAAACGCUGCUGAUGGACGAGGCUGAGCCACGGUACCUGAACGAUGCGGGGCAUUUGGAACUCAGCAACUUCCAAGACUACAUGCGCAUGCUCACGCAACACGACACAGAGACGUGUCAGCAGGUGGGGGCGGAUAUGGCAUAUCUGAGCUCCAAGAUGGCCACCGCCAACCUCGACUACACAUCUGCCGUGUCAACUGAGGAGAGUGACACCGACUCAGACAGCAAAGCCGUCGCAAAGGGCAAAGGAGAGGCAGUGACGGAAGAGAGUGCCGUAGAUGCCGACGGGUUCCUAAUGGUCAAGUCUAAACCAAGGAAAUACAAACCAAUCAAAACGGAUGAUUCCAAUGACACAUCCGAUGAGAAGCUUCUGGCAGCGUGGAAAGAUAACUACUACGCUGAAAAGUUCGGGGUCGAGGCCAGAGACAGAGACUUUAAGCAACGCAUUGUGUUUGAAUACAUUCAUGCCUUACAAUGGGUGCUGCACUACUACUACGAUGGCAUCUGCUCGUGGGACUGGUUCUAUCCCUUCCACUACAGUCCGUUCAUCUCCACCAUCACCGAAUACGACAUCACUGCCAUGGAUGUCGACACAUUCCACAAGGGUAAGCCGUUCCUGCCCUUUGAGCAACUGAUGGGCGUGCUACCACCCGCGUCACACAAGCACGUGCCAGUUGCCUACCAACACCUCAUGCUCAAUGAGUCAUCACCCAUCCACGACUUCUACCCGCUGACCUUCGAGAGUGAUCUCAACGGCAAGAAGCACGACUGGGAGGCUGUG